AUGACCAUCCGUCCCUUCAAACAAGUCGACCAAGAUGCAGCUGCUGGUAACGACCCCACCUUCCCCUCGGCUCUUGGAAAGGAUAACCAACUGCUCAGGUCCCUGGACAUAUCGUCUCAGCCCUUGCCUACCCUUCCUAGAGUCUCGCUUAGUGUGUUCCUGAAAAACGUUCCAAAAUCAGCCAUCAAGGCCAAGCUGCCUCGCCCCCAACAGCGCAUCGAGUAUAUGGCUCUCAUGGCCGGUGUCCACUGGUAUGCAAAGGAGUAG